AUGGCACCUAAUCUUAGCAACUGCAGAGUUCUCAAACAAGAGCCGCUUGCUUCUUCGGAUGCCAAAUGGACUGCAUUGAAAAAGUACGUUUUGACAACACAAUCUGCUUGUACUCGGGCACUAACCACAUCCAAGNNGAUUACCUAUAACAAUGCGGAAAAUGUCACCAAAAUCUGGCCGACUCGACCAUCCAAUAGCUUGAUCGAUGCAGUAGGCAUUGUUGCCAUUCUGGAGAAAGCCAGCGGUCCAGAGUUACUUUUACAAAAACAAUAUCGGCCACCCAUCGACAAAGUUUGCAUAGAGGUUCCUGCUGGUUUGGUGGACGAGGGUGAAGAUGCCGAGACUUGUGCGCUAAGAGAGCUCAAAGAAGAGACUGGGUAUGUGGGAGAAGUGAUCAAGGGCGCUCUGGGAGUGACCCCCAUGAUGUUCAACGGAUUCUGUAAUACUAACCUAAACAUGGUCCACGUUCGUCUAGACAUGUCGAAUCCCGACAAUCAAAACCCACGACCGGAGCUUGAUGAGAACGAGUUCAUUGAAUGCUUCUCAAUCCCCUUAAAGACACUAUAUGCAGAGUGCAAGACGCUCGAGGCUGAGGGAUAUGCUAUAGACGCCAGAGUACUCACACUGGCUGAAGGCAUUGAAGUAGCUCGACAAUUCAAAAUUGUCUAA